GAUGUGUGGGGUGGACGUGGACCUGGACGAGGGGGGCUCAGGCGACGAGGAGAAGGAGCAGCAGGAGUUCUGGGUGGGUGAGAGGGUGAAGAUGCUGCCUCCUCCCACGGCCCACAGUGAGGGCAGCGCGUGGGGCACCCGCCGGGGCAGGUGUGGCUGUGUGGCGUGUGGGGUGGGGCUGCUGCUGUGGAAUGUGGGUGUGGCCCUGGUGUGUGUCCUGGUCCUGGUGGCCGUGUUUGCCCUGGUCUUGCUGCCCGCCUCACUGCUGCUCUACGCCGGCUUCCUCUGCCACUCACGGGUAAGUAGUGGCCCGCUCAUAGCGCCACUCAAAGUCUCUAACACAAACAUCAGAAUCUUGUGGUUAGAAUUCCAGCCAAUUGACAGCCAUUUCCUGUAGCUUGGUAGGAUUUCAUCUCAGAAUUGAGGUCACAGAGCGUCUCCAGUCAAAUCAGAGCCGCUCCCAGUCUCCCACCCCUGGUUAAUAUGUGACCUGAUGCUGAGCUCUACACUGGCUCACUCUGCCACAGAACCACACAAGAAUCAUGAUCAUUGAUUGGCUCUGAGGUUGAGCCCUGUAACCCACGGCAACCCUUUAAACAGCUUAUUUGCAUUUGGAACUAAAAUAACCUUUACGUAAUAAGAACCCCACUAGUGGAUGACUGUCUGCCGUGCUCCAACAUGAAGGUGUUUGAAGGUGUUUCAACAUGAGUUUACAUGAAAGAUUCCUUCCUGCUACACCCUACCCCAACACAGUAAAAGUAUACCGGGCAUGCCCAAGUAUCUAACGCAUGGUAGGAUUCAGUUCUUGUUGUGCAUGGCAUCGACAUCGAGAACACCCUGGACCAGAGGCAAACAGACACAGCCUUAGGGUGGGACAGGAUGUUGAGGUUCAAGUAUCUGUCCAAGUGGGAGUAUGUAGAGUAUGAAGAGUAUGGGGGCAAGCACAGAACUCUGGGGCAAACCCUGUGUGACUUCAGCACCGGCUCUGGGAACACCCUGGAUCAGGGGCAGACAGACACCCCUACAUUUCUGGGUAAGAUAUGACGUCCCUGCCAACCCCUGUCAGCCUCACCCUUCUUUAGACAUCCCCCAGAAGCUGACAUCACUUCAUUGGUGUCACACCCUGGUUCGGGGACUCAUUAUGUUGAACCAGGGUGUGUUCAUUCUAUGUUUUCGGUUUCUCUGGUGGGUGUUCUAGGUGGUUUAUUUUCUAUGUUUGCCGGUGUGACUCCCAAUCAGAGGCAAACGAGUGUCAGCUGUCGGCUGUUUGUCUCUGAUUGGGAGCCAUAUUUAAUCUAUCUGUUUUCCUUUCGGGUUGUGGGAUUUUGUUCGUGUGUGUGCGUGUUGUACCACAGACGUCACGGUUUCGUUGUUUGUUUUGCUCGUGUGAGCAUUUAAUAAAUAUACUAUGUUCACUCAACACGCUGCGCUUUGGUCUCCUCCUUCACACGAUCGUGACAAUUGGCCUAUUAUACUACAGUAUAUUACUCAAUCCCAAAUGAAUGAGAAAGGUAGGCAUAUUGCUGGAUGCAUCUUGGCAAAAUACCACUUUUAAGGACUCAAUGGAAAAGUCCACACAAAAACUAUCUUUUAGUAUGUUUCAUUAGUCCACUGUUGAUACAAUCCCAAAAUGUUUUACAUGUCAGCAAUCAAGUUUUCAAGAUAUAGAACAUUCAAAAUACAGAAAGUGUCAGAGUAUGAUGCAUUUUGCAUGCAAAAGGAAAAUAAUCCUGCAGCAACAGGAAAUGUGAAUUAUUAUGUGGAUUAUAAUUAAUUGACUUUUUUAUUAGGGGUUGAUACAUUUUUCGUACGGGAAAAUCAAGUCUGAAAUUUCAAAGUGGAAAUGACAAACUUCAGAUGCCUUUUUAAACCUCAAUUAAACUUCAAGUUUUACAUUUCCUGCAUUACAGGAAAGUUUUCCUGGAAUCUGUAUUUUCCUUUAAAGAUGCUUUAUAAAGCUUUUGUAUAAUUUCAGCCAGUAGUUUUGAAAGUAGUGCUCACAAGCCAAAACGGGUACCCGGAAACUGUGCAUAAUUGUAUACUACGUCAUCCAUUUUGGAUGAUAUGUUACGUCCUGCAAAAAAAUACAUAAAACAAUUCUGUAAUCCGUAUGAUAUGUUAUCAAUUCCAAAUCGUACAAUAUGUUAUGGAUUUGUAAGUGCUUAAGAUCCCGUUCAAUCUCUUUAACACGUCUGACAAACUUUAAGACCACCUUUAAGAACAGGUGGACUGUGUCUAAAACAGGAUUAUGAUGUGCAAUCUGAGGUGGUCCUCUUUAGACACGUCAUGAGGACCAGAUUCAUGGCGCGGACACAUCAGUAAACGCUAUCAGUCUCAUAAUGAUGCCAAAGUGUCCUCUAAGAUCUACAGCUGUUGCCCUUGGCGAAAAGUAAACCCCCCAAAUCACCUUCUGACAGCGAUCUGCGGUCAUAUUUCUUCAGCUCCUCAUCUGGUAGAGUUGGCGCCGUGCCAGGUGGCCUUGCUUGUCUCCAUUAUUGAUGUUACAGUAAAAUGUGUCUCUGUUGUAUUUUGUCUGCCUUUUACUGCCAUUUGCUAGCUUUUUUGACAUUUGGCAGAAGUUUGUGUAUGAUCAAACACACUGAUUGCUCUUUCUUUGGAAAGUUGCCUUUAAUUAAAUCAAUAGCAAUUGAUUCUUAAUGUCUUAAAAGUGUUUUGAAGACACUGGUAUUUUCAAGACGUCUUCAUUAGUGAUGGCUGGGGAGGAGGCACCAUUACACAGAAGGUGAGUGGUAUGUGUAAUGUGUAGCCUAAUAGUAUGUUGUGAACAGUACUAUAUAUAUAAUACAACAAGUGCCAGUAUAGACACUUGCUGCCUGCCAGAGAUGGGGAUGUCAAUCAACAGUUGGAGAAGUGAAGGAUGGGACAGUGAGAGAGGAUAUCCAUGACAAGACAUGAUUGUUGAAUUAGUGGCAGUUAGUCCCCAGCUGGGCCCAGGACUAUGCUGACAAGACAGAAAGAGUGAAGUGGAGAAAAUGUGUGUGUGUGUGCACGUGCGUGUGCGUGUUGUUGUAUUUAUAGUUGAUGAUGGGCUCGAGGUUGCAGCGUUCAGUCGAGGUGGGUGGGGAAAUUCCUCUUGAAAAUGCUGACAAUGAGAGAAUUCUAUGCCAGUGUCACGUUCGUUGACAGAUGAAGCGGACCAAGGCGCAACGUGAUAAGCGUACAUUCUUUAUUUGUAGUACACACACGAACCAAAACAAUAAACAAACGAUACGUGAAGUCCUAGGUUACAACACAAACCUUUCGGAACAAGAUCCCACAAUAAACUAGUGAAAACAGGCUACCUAAGUAUGGUCCCCAAUCAGAGACAACGAACUACAGCUGCCUCUGAUUGGGAACCACCCUGGCCAACAUAGAUCAAAACGAACUAGAACCAAAAACAUAGAAAACAAAACAUAGAAAAUCCACACCCUGGCUCAACAUAUAAGAGUCCCCAGAGCCAGGGCGUGACAGCCAGAGGGAUCUUAUAGAAUGUAGCCCUAAAGAGAACACACUGAGUGUAUUUGAGUGUUUGUGUACUUGUAUGUACUGUAAGUAUUUUUGUGUGUGCACGUGCGUGUCUGUCUGUCUGUGUCUGUCCCUCUCUGUGUAUCUGUAUCUCUCUGUCUUCCCUCUUGCUGACAGUGUCUGUAUAUUAACUCAGCAAAAAAAGAAACAUCCUCUGCGUCCUCUGUCAACUGCGUUUAUUUUCAGCAAACUUAACAUGUGUAAAUAUUUGUAUGAACAUAACAAGAUUCAACAACUGAGACAUAAACUGAACAAGUUCCACAGACAUGUGACUAACAGAAAUUGAAAAAUGUGUCCCUGAACAAAGGGGGGGUCAAAAUCAAAAGUAACAGUCAGUAUCUGGUGUGGCCACCAGCUGCAUUAAGUACUGCAGUGCAUCUCCUCCUCUCACAGUUCUUGCUGUGAGAUGUUACCCCACUCUUCCACCAAGGCACCUGCAAGUUCCCAGACAUUUCUGGGGGUAAUGGCCCUUGCCCUCACCCUCCGAUCCAACAGGUCCCAGACGUGCUCAAGGGGAUUGAGAUCUGGGCUCUUCGCUGGCCAUGGCAGAACACUGACAUUCCUGUCUUGCAGGAAAUCACGCACAGAACGAGCAGUAUGGCUGGUGGUAUUGUCAUGCUGGAGGGUCAUGUCAGGAUGAGCCUGCAGGAAGGGUACCACAUGAGGGAGGAGGAUUUCUUCCCUGCAACGCACAGUGUUGAGAUUGCCUGCAGUGACAACAAGCUCAGUCCGAUCAUGCUGUGACACACUGCUCCAGACCAUGACGGACCCUCCACCUCCAAAUCGAUCCCGCUCCAGAGUACAGGCCUCGGUGUAACGCUCAUUCCUUCAAUGAUAAACGCGAAUCCGACCAUCACCCCUGGUGAGACAUAACCGCAACUUCUCAGUGAAGAGCACUUUUUGCCAGUCCUGUCUGGUCCAGUGACGGUAGGUUUGUGCCCAUAGGCGACGUUGUUGCCGGUGAUGUCUGGUGAGGACCUGCCUUACAACAGGCCUACAAGCCCUCAGUCCAGCCUCUCUCAGCCUAUUGUGGACAGUCUGAGCACUGAUGGAGGGAUUGUGUGUUCCUGGUGUAACCCGGGCAGUUGUUGUUGCCAUCCUGUACCUGUCCCGCAGAUGUGAUGUUUGGAUGGACCGAUCCUGUGCAGGUGUUGUUACACGUGGUCUGCCACUGCGAGGACGAUCAGCUGUCCAUCCUGUCUCCCUGUAGCGCUGUCUUAGGCAUCUCACAGUACGGACAUUGCAAUUUAUUGCCCUGGCCACAUCUGCAGUCCUCAUGCCGCCUUGCAGCAUGCCUAAGGCACAUUCACACAGAUGAGCAGGGACCCUGGGCAUCUUUCUUUAGGUGUUUUAGUCAGUAGAAAGGCCUCUUUAGUGUCCUACGUUUUCAUAACUGUGACCUUAAUUGCCUACCUUCUGUAAGCUGUUACUGUCUUAACGACAGUUCCACGGGUGCAUGUUCAUUAACUGUUUAUGGCUCAUUGAACAAGCAUGGGAAACAGUGUUUAAACCCUUUACAAUGAAGAUCUGUGAAGUUAUUUAGAUUUUUAUGAAUUAUCUUUGAACAGGGUCCUGAAAAAGGGACUUUCUUUUUUUGCUGAGUUUAGUACACUAUGUAUACAAAAGUAUGUGGACACCCCUUCAAAUUAGUGGAUUUGGCUAUUUCAGCCACACCCGUUGCUGACAGGUGUAUAAAAUCGAGCGCACAGCCAUACAAUUUACAUAGACAAAUAUUGGCAGUAGAAUGGCCUUACUGAAGAGCUCAGUGACUUUCAACGUGGCACCAUCAUAGGAUGCCACCUUCACAGAAAGAUUGGGACCACCGAGUGCUGAAGCGCGUAGUGUGUAAAAAUCGUCUUUCCUCGGUUGCAACACUCACUACCGAGUUCCAAACUGCUUCUGGAAGCAACGUCAGCACAAGACCUGUUCUUCAGGAGCUUCAUGAAAUAGGUUUCAAUGGCCGAGCAGCCGCACACAAGCCUAAGAUCACCAUGCACAAUGCCAAGCGUCGGCUGGAGUGGUGUAAAGCUCACCACCAUUGGACUCUGGAGCAGUGGAAACGCGUUCUCUGGAGUGAUGAAUCAUGCUUCACCACUUUAGCAGUCUGACGGACAAAUCUGGGUUUGGCGGACGCCAGGAGAACGCUACCUUCCCCAAUACAUAGUGCCAACUGUAAAGUUUGGUGGAGGAGGAAUAAUGGUCAGGCUGUUUUCAUAGUUCGGGCUAGGCCCCUUAGUUCCAGUGAAGGGAAAUCUUAAGUUCUCGCAGUAAUGUUCCAACAUCUAGUGGAAAGCUUUCACAGAAGAGUGGAGGCUGUUAUAGCAGCAAAGGGGGGACCAACUCCAUAUUAAUGGCCAUGAUUUUGGAAUGAGAUGUUCGAUGAGCAGGUCUCCACAUAUUUUUGGUCAUGUAAUGUAUGUCACCGAUUAGCAUUGCUCACAGGUUUUUAAUCAAGUUUAGAAAGCAGAGCAGGGGCUCCACCCUUAUUUCUAUCUGUCUCUCUGACUGUCUCUCUCGUCUCAUUCCAGUUUCUCUCUCCAUCUUCCUCCCUCUCUCUCUCACCGUCCCUCUCUCUAUCUCUCUCCCUCUCUCUAUCUCUCUCCCUCCCGCUCUCUCUCACCCUCUCUCUCUCUAUCUCUCUCCCUCUCCAUUUCUGUGGCGCUCACAGGUGAUUGACAGCCUAGGGAUUGUAUUGGCAGCUCUGGGCUGCUUCUUAUCUGAACAGUGAACAGUGGAGGGAAACUGGGAAAGAGUCUGUCACACACCCCAGUACCUUCCGUCUUAUGGUCCCUCCCGUGUACACACACACACACACACACACACACACACACACACACACACACACACACACACACACACACACACACACACACACACCUCUCCCUCCCCCUCAGUUCUGUUCAGUUAAACUAAAGUACAAAUAUUUGCUUCACUAACAAAAACAACUCAGAAACACGUACUGCAUCAAUAGAAUUGUCCCUAUCACUGGAGUGUGUUUCUGUCUGGACGUAACAUUAGUCUACGUUCUACCCCCGCAGGUCCUAGAUUCCCCCUCUCCUAUCUGCCGUUACCUCGACGAUAACAGCUGCUCCGCCCUCAUCAUCCUGGGCUUCGUGAUGAUGUCACCGCUGGUGGUGGUGGCGGCGGCCAUCUUCUGUGGGCUGCUCCGGAGGCUGCGACUCCUGCUGCUGUUUCAGCCAAUAACAGGCGCAUGGUACCGUGGGAGGUGCUUGGACUGGGGAGGCGAUGUCCGUGCCUGGGUC